GAAGGACAAGUAUCUGAAGAAAUCAGUUAACUAGCCUACGUGUUGUGUAAUGGAAGUUCCUACUCAACCUUUGGUGUUCUUUCUUGAUUGCAUACUACAUCAGGGUUCGCCAUUAAUCGUCGAAUUUGCUCGAGGUUGAAGUAGGGUCAUGGAGAAUCGGGUAAAGAAUUACGACCCAUGCGCGGAAACCCAACCUGUGGCGCUUAUUGUUGAAACGUCAGAAAAUAUUCACCGGAUAAUUUUUUGAACUGCACUUUUGAGCAAUAACAUGUUGUCCCGCGUUUCCAAGCGUUUACCAACAAUCAACAGUGUUUUCUAUGACUGCAGUUCGUAUCGUCCAUCCUUUGCACUGUUCAGGCAUAGCCGUAUUCUGUAGGUUACUGCGUACAUACUGUGCUGGUAAUUAGACACCUCGCCGACUGAUGAUGGCAGCUCGAGUCGAGCGAACAUGAAGCCAACAGCAUGAAAGCUAAUCGACUACCUCCAACGCAGUCUGAUGGUACAAAUACGGACUCGAUGGAUAUUAGUUGAUUUGGACCGAUAUUAACAAUGCUCAACCACCGAUCAAGAAUCCAAUAGCAAGAAAAAAUGCGCCACAUUUAUGAGUAGUUUUAAUUCAUGCGAGAUCUAAAAUGAUCUUGUCAUUCUUCGCAUAAAAGAUUUUGAUCCAGGACCAUACUUCGUUUUUGAUUCUUGUAAUGUGGGACGUAAAGAAAACGCGUUGGUUCUUGGUAUAUAUCACCAGCAACAGAUUGUCAGCCAGCUUUCAUUUCUCGCCCAUUUGUCCUCAAAAGCUCCUACAUUGUUUUUAGGGCUAGGCUAGUGGAUACCUGGUUGCUAUUACUAGCUCCGUGAUGCUCCAACUUAACUCGUUUCUUACCUUUUCCAUUCCAGGGUUUGCUUUCGUGUUACCACCACCGCAUUUCAUUAAAUUACUUGGCCUCUGUUAACAGAGGCUCAUUUGCGAUUGUUGCUACCAGCAUAGUACGGAGCUUUCAAAAUGGUUUACUUAGUCUCUUAGAGCUUACAUUCACUUGCGAGCGCUGUACCAGCAUUUUAACUUUAAUCCGCCAUUACGAUUUUAGUUGCUACUAUACUACCGUUCUUGUCUGCUAUCCGGAUUACCAACAUUCCUUGUACCAGUGGGGCUGGAUGUUUUUGCGCCUCAAAAGCUGAGCCAGUCCUAGUCUACUUUUAUUGAUGUGACGGCUUGGCAGCUAUUUUUGUUAGUUUACAUAGCGCUCAGGUUUUUACCUUAUUCAUUGGUCACCACUUUUGCAUGCUUCUUUCUGUACAGCCUUAAUCAUGUCGUCUUAAAUGACUGGCAAUGGAUCAACCGUGUUUUGCACGGCUGUAUUCUCCGUUAUACUGUUGCCAUUUUUGGGGUAUUACCUAUACUAAUCCCCUAUCACUCAUUCUGACGCCUGUUAGUUCCGCCUCAUGGUUAUUCGCUAAUUAGAAUCUAACCGUUGAAUCCGUUUACUUAUUCUUACUACCCGUCUAGUUAUGUAUUCUCGGCGAGUGUCUACUACAUUUUCAUUCCCAUCUCGCGGUCUCAGCUGAGUUUUGAAACCCCUUAACUGAUUGGAUGCGCUACUGCCUCAUGAUUUUCUUUACGGUUACUUAUCAUCAUCAGGCUCUUUGCGCGAAUUUUAGGUCGUGCACUGAUGUGUCCAUAUAGUUUUGUGCAUUAUAUAGCCUGGAGGUUAUUAUCUAGUAUUUUACUACUACCACUACGAUAGAUUUCCAUGUUUUAAGUCUCUGUUCAGUGGUAUUAACCCAGUUUUGUCAUCUACUCGCGAUCACCGGUCUCACUGCAGAACCAUGCGUUAUUUGGAGAUACCAAAUGAUUCAGUAUGAGAUUAUCUCCAACAAGACAUGGUUAUUGCGUUCUCUGCGGCCCAUUUGAUGCUCUCCAGGGGGGGCGCACCUGCGCUUGUUGUUCGUCUGAUAUGUACCAACUCCUGUUUCACCGCCUAUUUUACUCUUAUUAUUUUUUGUUCAGGUUCCUCUUCCGAGACUGGCGAUACAUCCUUAUGGCUAACGGUCGGAUGUGUAUGCCUUGAUGUUGACUCUACAGUGUGCAUGGAUGAAGGUAUUGAUGAAUUGGCGAGGUUCCUUGGUCGAUCACAUGUUGUAUCCAAUAUUACAUCUAAAGCCAUGAGCGGUGAACUUGAUUUUACAGAAGCUCUCGACAUUCGGUUACGCUUAUUGAACCCUACUAUUACGGAUAUUGAUCGAUUUCUCUCUUUGCGGAAACCUCCAUUGACUUCGGGAUUUAGGCUCCUUGUUAAUCGACUAAAGGCAAGUGGGAUCCACGUGUGUCUCGUCAGUGGUGGGCUGUUGCCAAUAGUCUCUCAAGUUGCUGAGGCACUUGAAAUACCAAUUGAGAACGUGUAUGCCAACAAGUUAAUCUUCAACGAGAAUGGCUGCUAUCAAGGAUUCGACCGUUCUGUCCCUGUGGCUCGUUCUAAUGGCAAAGCAGAAGUAGUGUCUCAUAUCAUGGAUCGUUUCCACACAAAUGUGCUGAUGAUCGGCGACGGGAUGACGGAUGCCGCUGCCUGUCCUCCUGCAUCCUUUUUUAUUGGGUUCGGUGGAAAUGUCGAUCGUCCUGCUGUUCGGGAGGCAACAGCUUAUUUUUACACCGAUGCGGAACAAAUCAUGAACCUGUUGGAACGGGUUGGUUUAUUGAAAGACACAAUCUCUUAAGAGUGCACCUUGGUGAUCAUCACAGUCAACCUGGGCAUCAAACAUGUUUUCCUCCCUUCGUUUUGUAUCAUUUUAUACCUAUUUUACGGACUCAGGAUAUUUUCCAUAA